AUGGUUGCGUCGGUCCUCCUCAUCGUGUUGCCCAUCGCGGCCACCCUCCUCGCCAUCGCCAAGCCGCGCAUGAACGUCCUCGGCACCCAGCGCAUCCUCUCGUCGGCGCUCCACAUCGACCAGUGCUCGCCCAUUCCGGGCCUCGAGGCGUGCGAGGACGCGUGGGUCCACCAUGACUCGGGCCUCGCCUACCUCGCCUGCUCGUCGGUCGAGAUGCGCGCCCACUGGUCUCCGACCCUCGAGAACUUUGACGCGCUCACCCUCCCGACCGUCUCGACCGACCACCUGCGCCUCUUCUCGUUCGAGCACCGCACCCACUCGCCCGUCCACCUCGUCGGCCUCCCCAAGGGUCACCCGGGCCUGUGGCUCCACGGCAUGGACGCCCUCCACACCCCGACCCCAGCCGAGCCCGACCUGUACACCCUCUUCCUCGUGUCGCACCCGCCGCCGGCCGACCGCUCCUCGGCCCCCAAGGUCGGCGCCGACUCGGUCGUCGAGCUGUUCGAGACGGUCCUCGGCACCGCCGAAGCGCGCUACGUCGGCACGGUGCGCCACGCGCUCGUCCGCACGCCCAACAACCCGGUCGCGACCGGCCCGAGGUCGUUCUACGUGUCGAACGACCACCGCCGCAAGGUGCACUGGACCCGCAAGCUCGAGGUCGCCUACGUCGAGACGUCCGAGAUCGCCCACUGCACCCUCCUCGACUCGGGCGAGUCCGAGUGCACCGUCGCCGCAGAGCAGACGUACCCGAACGGUCUCGCCAAGGGCCCGAACGACCUCCUGUACGCCGCAUCGACCUACACGGGCGAGGUGAGCGUGUACGAGAUCCAGCACGGCGACAUGUCGCUCAUCCCGGUCGGCAACAUCUGGCUCGAGCGCCCGAUCGACAACCUGCUCGUGUCGCCCUCGACCGGGUCCGUCUACGCCGCCACGUUCCCCAAGUUCUUCUCGUUUGCGUCGUCGGCGCCGCUCCCCUCGUCGCCGGCCAACCCGCACCACAAGCGCUCACCCGUCGAGGUGUGGCGCAUCUCGAACGAGACCGACAUCACCGAGCGCUACAUGGGCCGCAAGUACCGCCACGCCGUCGCGCUCGCCGACCCGCUCGGCGAGGUCGUCAGCGCCGUCACGACGGCCGCACCCUGGAGGGACGAGCUCCUCCUCACGGGCUACUUUACGCCCCACGCCGUCGUGUGCAGGAUGGGCGAGACGCUGUAG